AUGAACCGACAACAUACUAUGGAUUUGGACUGUCUGUCGAUUAUAAAUCUUCUGGAUUCUGACCGACCGGUUUUCUUCUGCGCACCGAUGGUGCGCUAUUCAAAGCUGGCUUUUCGACAGCUUGUUCGAAAGUACAACUGCCACGUGUGCUAUACACCUAUGAUCUUCGCUUCCUGUUUCUUGCAGUCUGAUUGCGCGAGGGAUGCUGAUUUUACGACUUCAUCAAGUGAUCGUCCGCUAGUUGUUCAGUUUGCGGCCAGCUGCGCCUCUGACUUCGCAAAGGCAAGCGAAAUGCUUCUAAGAUAUGUAGAUGGCAUAGAUCUGAAUUGCGGCUGUCCACAGAGGCGUGUCCGAGCCAAAUGCUGUGGCAGCUCCCUUCUCGAUCAGCCUGAUCGUAUAUCAGACAUCGUCAGACAGACGAGGCAACGCGUCGGUGAUCGCCUGUCAUUAUCCAUUAAAAUUAGGCUUCAGGAUGACUUGAGGAAAACCGUUGAUUUAUGCAGAAAGGCAGAAGCUGCUGGAGUGUCAUACCUUGUUGUGCACGGACGAACACCAGCACAGAAACACGAUCCUGUAGACAUUGAAUGCUUUAGAAUCGUUAAGAGUAGCAUCCGCAUUCCUGUCGUUGCCAACGGAGACAUCUUCUCUUUGAACGAUGCUCAUCGUGUAUCAACAAAAACGGGAGUUGAUGGUGUGAUGUCUGCACGAGGUCUUCUUCACAACCCGGCAUUGUAUACAGGUGCUGUGGAUACCCCUGUGGAGUGUAUCAAGGAUUGGGUUGAGAUCGCAUUGACCAGCGGCGUUGGUUUUUCGUUGUUUCAUCACCAUCUCAGUUACAUGAUAGAUCGGCAACUUCCAAAGUGCGAAAAGCGUAUUUUCAAUCGAUUUGGCACCGUGCCAGCUGUUGUUGAAUAUCUUCAUGACAACUUCGGAAUAAAUUUUUUUGAUUCGUGUUUUUGGUUGUUUAUUUUCAAGCUACAUUUGGCAUCAUCUGUGCUUUCAAGUUCAGUUUGUUUCAGUCAUCCAGUGUCAUUGACGUUUUACUGUUUUCUAAGCCGCAUGAAGUGUAUCCGUUUCGAAACAGUGUUAUGGCAGUGUUUUGGCAUCGUGGCGAUGCUGCUUGGAGUUUGUCUUUCGUUAAACGUAAAGGGGGCGAUUCGAAACAACAACCGCGCCCCUUUCAAACUGCUUUCGAAGUUUGCAUUUCAGAAAACAGACCCGGCCGAUGUGGAGCGAACGAGUGGAUUUAUUUUUGGCAAUGUCACUUCAGACGUUCCAUUAAUGAGCAGCAACACCAGCGGCUCAUACUUUGUCCUCAUGGACUCUUCCAAUUACUGGGCUAUGGCGAAAAUCAAAAAUUAUGAAGAUGAAGUGUGUGAGUCGAUUCUGGCGGGAGUCAGCAAAACUGGAUUUGAUCGUCGUUGUUUUCCGCAUGGUGUUCAGGAUUUCUUCCGGCGUGUACCCUGCGAGAAGGGGAAGCUGUGCGACGAAGAAGAUGACCCUAGCAACGUGAUUGCCUGCCACCAGUUCACGUUUCGCGUUCAGGACACGUUGAGACCACGAUUCUGGUACUUACUGUUCGUUGAUUGUUACCUGAACAGUACUUGCCGAUGGGUGCGCAACCGUGACAGGCCGUCCUUACGCUACGAUAUAUGGUUGGUCAACGGUCACCCGAAUUGGAGCAGUCAGAACCCAUUCGAGCACCAGUUCUCGGUCGACCAACAAGACCUGUUUGAGAUCUGCCUAGUGGCCGUUGUCAUCUACAUCAUCGUAACGAUACUACAAGCUAAGGCAUUCAAUGAAAGACGGCGACUUAUUGAUGCCAUGCUAUUGUUGGUCGUCCUAUUCAAGGUUUGUCAGUACGCCUUCUCUCUUGUGCACUAUUCUUUCUUCGCCGCCAGUGGCCACACCCUCGACCAUCUUCUAGCUAUAGGAGAGGUCUGCUACAUGUUGUCUGAUUCUAUGAUGGUUCUGCUGAUCAUUUUCAUCGCCAAAGUCAUAACUGAAGUCUUGUUUACGAGGCUGCCUGGCGCCGUGAAUGAACCGAUUAUGGAAACAUGGCCUGGAUGGUUGAUGUUAAUCGUCAGAGUGGUCGGAAUGAGUUGGUUUUUAUCGACGGUACGGCAGAGUCUCAAGAGGGCGAUCUCAAAUUGUCACCAUUUUAGGGAAGAAGACGAGCGUAAAGCGAUGUUUCUCCUUCAUUUUGGAUCUGGCUAUUUAGUGUGGUUUAUCUACAUUCCUGUACUGGGAACUAUUUCGCUGAAGAUUCCAGUUAUGUGGCGACGCAAGGUGAUCACAGGUAUCACAUCUUGUAGGUGCUGUUCUUAUCGUUCAUACGCAUGA